CCUGGUCCUCACCUCCCCCACCUCCCCCACGUCACUCCUUGACCCGCUUUCCUCCCAGGGCCCUGCUCAGCAUUUCCGUGGGGCCCUGUGGCUAGGGGCAGGCGAGGCACCGAUCAGGAUUGUGCUGAGCAAAGCAACCCCCCCACCAGAAGGAUGUAGCCUCCCGGUGGCCCCCAGCCCCUGUGUGACCAGCUCAGGGAGGAGGGUGAGGCUUUUGCCCUCUGAGAUCUCUCUGCUUGGAACAGGGAGCUCUAGCAGUUUUGACAGCAGGAGGAGUUGCAGUGAGCUCUCAGGGGGAACUGGUAGGCAAUCCAAGAGAGGGCCAUAGAGAAAUGCAGGUGGCCUCUCCUACCCCAGAGUUGUCCUCAUCAAUUCAAGGAUGCUUAGAAGGCCUUCCUCAGAGUGCCCUCAGGCUGGUAAGGGCAUGUGGAUGGGACAUGAGCUUUGAGACCAAGGUGCAGUGGGUGCAUUUUCUGGGGGACUAGCCUCUCCCAUGAACUAGGAGGAUAGAUCUGAUGUGCUGAGAGUUCCCUAGAGAGGAUGUUACUUGCUAGAAUCCAUUGGGAAGUCUUUCCUGAGCUCUAACCCCUUUCUCACAUGCUGUAGCCUCAGUCUUUCAGGGCCCCAGGACCCAGAGUGUUCCUAUCUAUGUGUUUCCUACAGAGAUGAAGGCUUUCCUGCUCUCUAGCCCUGCACAGGCUGGCCCCAGGCUUGUUCACACCUCGGGAUGUGUUAACCACCGAGAUGAACACCAAACCUGGCUCUGCCUCCACAAAGCCUGGUGCAGGCUCUCGGAGUCCCUGCGGCCACCCUGCCUCCCCAUCUCCCCGCUGGCCCAGCGAUCUGCCCCACCCCCUUGCGUCUCCUGUGCCUCUGUCCAGCAGCUUCCUCUCCUUCUACCAUGGCCCGCUUUCACUGUUCUCUCCUUGUUUCUUCGCGAUGUUCCCUCUCACUCUUCAGGCUUCUUUCUUACCUCUUCCGAUUGCCCUAAUCUUGAGGUUUCUUCACCUCUGCUCCUCCUUUCCCCAUCUCCCCAUCUCCCCCGUUUUUCUAGGCUCCACCUCCCUUCAGGCCCGGACAUCUCUGCCCAGCUCCUCCAUCUCUGCACAAGGCACGCGCCUUUCUUUUACACGGACCUCCCUGGAACCCUUGCUAAAUUCUUUGCCAUCUCUCCACGCCCCAGCACCAGUUCCUACCCCAAUUCUCUACUCACAGGUGUGGGUCUUCUUUGCAGCCAGCAGCUCUGUGAAGAGAAGAGAGGGGGUCAGGGCCAAAGGUUGAGGACCACGGAGGACCGAGAGACACUCCCCAAUGCCCAGGCCCUCAUCCCCACCCCAUUCCUUCCCAGCAGAACCUGCCAUCUGAGGAGAAGGUUCCUGAUUAUGUCUUUUCCUUGGAGAGCUCCUCCUGCCUUUGUGCUUACACACUCAGCACGAGCAUUUGAGUUCCUGGUACUCACCACAUCAUCUCACUGCUGUAACUGUGAAAUCUGUGAAACGGGGCUUUCCUGCUAG